ACAUCAUUGUUCUCAUCGCUUCAAUAGCAGUUGUUUCUGCAAAAACUCAGGGUAACAUUUUUGCAACAUCAGCACUCAGAAGUCUUCGUUUCCUACAGAUUCUUCGAAUGGUACGCAUGGACCGAAGAGGAGGAACUUGGAAAUUGUUAGGCUCAGUGGUUUAUGCACAUAGUAAGGAAUUAAUCACAGCUUGGUACAUUGGAUUUUUAGUACUUAUUUUUUCAUCCUUCCUUGUCUAUCUGGUUGAAAAAGAUGCAAAUGCUCAGUUUUCUACAUAUGCAGAUGCUCUGUGGUGGGGCACAAUCACAUUAACAACAAUUGGUUAUGGAGAUAAAACGCCUCUUACUUGGCUAGGAAGGCUGCUUUCUGCAGGGUUUGCACUGCUUGGCAUUUCUUUCUUUGCAUUACCUGCUGGUAUUCUAGGGUCAGGAUUUGCAUUAAAAGUACAGGAACAGCAUCGUCAGAAACAUUUUGAAAAGAGAAGAAAUCCUGCUGCCAGUUUAAUUCAAUGUGUAUGGCGUAGUUAUGCAGCUGAUGAGAAAUCGGUUUCCAUUGCUACCUGGAAGCCUCAUUUGAAGGCCUUACAUACCUGCAGCCCUACAAAGAAAGAACAAGGGGAAGCAUCAAGCAGUAAGCUUUAUAGUAAUAAACAGAAGCUCUUCAGGAUGUACACCUCUCGGAAACAUAGCCAGAAGCUGAGCUUUAAAGAACGGGUGCGGAUGGCUAGCCCAAGAGGCCAGAGUAUCAAGAACAGGCAAGCUUCGGUUGGGGACAGAAGAUCGCCAAGUACAGACAUUACUGCAGAAGGCAGCCCAACGAAAGUGCAAAAGAGUUGGAGCUUCAAUGACCGAACGCGUUUCCGGCCUUCACUGCGUUUGAAGAGUUCACAGCCUAAGCCAAUUCCAGAUACUGAGGCCAGUCUUGGUGCUGAUGACAUAUAUGAUGAAAGAGGAUGUCAGUGUGAUGUAUCAGUAGAAGAUCUAACCCCAGCACUUAGAACAGUUAUCCGAGCUAUCAGAAUCAUGAAAUUUCAUGUUGCCAAAAGGAAGUUUAAAGAAACUUUACGUCCCUAUGAUGUCAAAGAUGUCAUUGAACAGUAUUCAGCAGGACACCUGGAUAUGCUGUACAGAAUUAAAAGUCUUCAAUCUCGGGUUGAUCAGAUUCUUGGAAGGGGACAAAUUACCACUGAUAAAAAAAAUCGAGAGAAAAAUACUGUAGAGAAUGAGACAACUGAUGACCUUAGCAUGUUAGGGCGCGUAGUCAAGGUGGAAAAACAGGUACAAUCCAUUGAAUCAAAAUUAGAUUCAUUACUAGACAUUUAUCAACAGGUUUUGAAGAAAGGAUCUGUGUCUGCAUUGACUUUAGCUUCGUUUCAAAUGCCGCCUUUUGAAUGUGAUCAAACCUCUGGUUAUCAGAGUCCUGUAGAUAGUAAAGAUUUGUCUAAUUCUGCUCAGACUAGUGGAUCUGUUUCCAGAUCAGCCAGUGUCAACAUGCCAUGUGGCCUACAGCUUAUAUUGACACCAAAUGAAUUCAACACUCAAGCUUACUAUGCCUUUAGUCCAACUAUGCAUAGUCAAGCCACACAGAUGCCAAGCGAUGGAUCUGUAACUCUGUCCACUAAUAAUGCACUAAACCAAAUAAACCAGACAUCUAAACCAACAGCACCCACUACAUUACAGAUACCCCCUUUUUCAUCAGUAAAGCAUAUCAAUAGGCUGGAGCCUAUUAAUUUUAUUCCUGUUAACACACAGGAAAAUACUCCUGAUGUCACCACUUGCCUUGUUGCUUCAAAGGAUAAUGGACAAAGUGCACAGUCCAGUAUGACAAAGGAUCUUUCAUGGAGAAAAAGCCUUGAUACAGAGAGUGAACCUCUAGUCUCUGUGAAACCAAUAGUACAAAUGGAUAUAGGAAAAUCACUGUCAGUACAAAACCUUAUACAGUCAACAGCUGAAGAACUGAAUCUACAGAUUUCUGGAAGUGAUACCAGUAGUUCAAGAAGUAGCCAAGAACUAUAUAGCAAAUGGAGGGAAUCAAAAUUAUUUAUAACCGAUGAAGAUUUGGAAACGGAGAGAGAAAAUGAAACUUUUGAAGCCAUUACCCACCCAUUAGUGGAAACAACUCUCUCUACUGACUCUCUAAGGACUGGAAUGUCAAGAUCAUCUCAAAGUAUUUGCAAGCCAGGAGACAGCACAGAUGUUCUCAGCCUUCCUCACGUCAAACUUAAAUAA